UAUAGCAGCAAAGUGCCUUUGUUAGGGAACGGUCUUAUCAGUAGCUUUCUGCACUCCCAGCAGCAUCAACAGUCCUCAGUGCUGCCCGCACAUUUCAACAAACAUUUUUUCCCGCUGCUUGAACAGACGAAAGGUUUCUGGCUCCAGCAAAAGAAAAAGGUGUGUUAUGGCCAGUGGUUUUGGUCACAGAAAAGCAGAAGUGUUGGAUACACCUGAUAUUUCUGGCGGCAGCAAAGGAAAUGUGUGGGGUACACCCAGUGGUGCUGGCUCCAGCAGAGAAGUGGGGUGUACAUCCACCAUUUCUGGCUCCAGAGGAACAGAAUCAUGGGAUACAUACAAUGUUUCUGGCAACAGAGGAAGAGAGGUAUUGGAAAGACCGUGUGAGCAUACUGAUCCCAGAAAGACAACUGCAGAAGGCAGCAGACAUAUAUCUGACACCUCACAGCAGCCAUCGGCCUAUGGAGACCAGACUUCUGACAUGAAGGAAAUGUUUGAAAUGAUGAAAGAGAUGGACAAGAAAAUAACAGAACUUCCUGCAAGGGUAAUCCAAAUACUGCAUAAGGAGAAAGAGGAAAAUGAGAUGCUGAAAGAGAAGACCAAAAAGCUAGAGGAAAGGAUCCAAGAGCUGCUGGCUAAAGCCAUGGCCAUGCACCAGCACUCUGAGGACAUCAAUGACCCUUCACAUUUGUUUGCUGUGCUGGAGAGAUACGAGAUGCUCCGGCUACAGGAAUGGGAGAAAGUCAGGAGCUCCAUGCCCCACCGAUGGACCUAUGAAGAAGGCAGUCACGCCAUUAGGAAGGUGUUUGAUGCCUGUGAAAAAGAUAUACAACAGAGAAGAGAGAACAUACUUAAAGUUCUUUACAUUCCACCUUCGAAUAAGGUGAUGAUGCAAGACAUAAUGAAGCUGUUCAGGCAACACUAUCAGCAAAACUCAGUGGUUUACGACCAGAUUGUUCAAAAAGCUGACAUUGACAUAAGAACUGAAAAUGAAACACAGUUCCUGCUGCAGUGCUGCCAAAUCUAUUGUUUGCUGCUUCUUCAGGACCCACCAGUAAAAGCUGAGUGGAGGAUGAACAAAAGGCAUUUAGAGCACGUGGACAAGAAAGAUGUAGCGCUCUGGAAAAGUGUAUCACUCCUGUGGCCCAUAAUGAAACGUGGGGACGAAAUUAUUGUGAAAGGUGUAGUCUGGGAUUAAAGGAAAAUUAUUUGAGAGUCGGGCUAGUUACUUACUUAGCCAUAAGAAGAUGAAACAGCUGCUAUAUAAUACUCUGCUUUUCUUUCUCCCAUGAAUUGCCUACUUUUCAGAGCUAGUAAGUUAGACAACCCCCACUUGGGACACCUAGGAUAAAUCAUCAUUAACAAACUGUAUUAAAAAUCGAAGCUAUUCCAAUUGUCUCCUCACAAAGGCCACCUGCCUGUUAGCGCUCCUCUGCUUCCCCACGUCUGUACAAUUUACGUGUCCCAAAGUCCUUCAGCUGCUCAUGUGCCACAGCUCUGGGCCAAAGAGCUGUACAAGUUGUAUUUCGUGGCCUAAUGGGGAUGCAAUGAGGCAAAUGCAUGUUUAUGUGAUUUGGUGUGACACAGUAUUCUGUGAGCAACUUGAGAAUUACCAAAUAAAAAAGA